GGACAAAGAGCCCCUGCUUCACAUGCCACCCUUUAAGACAGGUUGGAAACCUCUGCGUCCUCAAAAGACUGUGAGCUGCUGACUGUCCUCCGUCUGUCAGAAGUAUUAAUCUUUUCCGGCAUCAUUCUGCAUCAUGCUGCGCCUGGCUGUUAUCUGCUGUCUCCUUUACACCUUGCUGGUGCCGUCCAGUGCCCAGUCAGACUCUAACCAGCCUGUGAUCCAGCUACGUCUAGCCGGGGAGAAGAAGAAACACUACGAGGGUCGGGUCGAAGUCUUUUACAAUGGAGAGUGGGGGACGGUGUGCGAUGAUGACUUCUCCAUCUAUGCUGCCCAAGUGGUAUGCAGAGAGCUGGGCUUCACGGGUGCCGAGUCCUGGUCGCCCUCAGCCAAGUACGGAAAAGGGGAAGGUCGUAUCUGGCUAGACAACGUGCACUGCACAGGUAGCGAAAAGAGCCUGGCUCAUUGUGAGUCCAAUGGCUUCGGAGUAUCCGACUGCAAACAUUCAGAAGAUGUCGGCGUGGUGUGCAGUUCGAAGCGCAUUCCAGGAUUCAAGUUCAUUCGGAACCAGGCCAACAGCCAGGAGGGCUUGACGGUACAGGUGGAAGAGGUGAGGAUCAGGGCCACAUAUUCUCACAGAAAAAGGAUUCCCAUUACUGAGGGCUUUCUGGAGGUAAAAGACGGAGGCAAGUGGAGGCAGAUCUGCAAUGAGGAUUGGAACCAGAUGAAUAGCAGGGUCAUCUGUGGCAUGCAGGGCUUCCCUGGGGAGAAACGCUUCAAUGCCAGACCCUACAAAUUGCUGGCCAGCCGUCGAAAGAAGAACUACUGGGGCUUCUCUAUCAACUGCACAGGCAACGAGGCUGACCUUUCUGAUUGUAAACUGGGCCGAGAGAUAGAGAAGAAAGGCAACAGCACCUGUGGAAAGGGCAUGCCUGUAGUGGUCAGCUGUGUGCCUGGACGGGUCUUUGCUCCUAGCGUCAGCAUCGGGUUCAGAAAAGCCUACAGGGUGGAGCAACCCCUGGUACGUCUAAGAGGUGGUGCCAUGAUAGGUGAGGGGCGAGUGGAAGUCCUGAAGAAUGGAGAGUGGGGAACAGUGUGCGACGACAACUGGAACAUUCGCGCUGCCACCGUGGUGUGUCGAGAGCUGGGGUUCGGCAGCGCCAAAGAGGCCCUGACUGGCGCCCGAAUGGGACAAGGCAUUGGACCGGUCCACAUGAACGAGGUGGAGUGCUCCGGUUUCGAAAAGUCCCUGACCGAGUGCUACUUCAACCCUAACUCUUUGGGCUGCAGCCAUGAGGAAGAUGCAGCAGUCAAAUGUAAUGUUCCUGCCAUGGGCUUCCACAAUAGAGUGAGUAAACUCUGUCUACCAUAUAGAACGAAAAACUAUGUGUGUGUAACAGUUCAGGAGAUGCCUAAAUGUAUAUAUCCCUUCCCUCAGCUUCGGUUAAGUGGCGGCCGUAACCCAUACGAGGGCCGUGUGGAGGUCCUGGGGGAGAGAAAUGGCUCUUUGGUGUGGGGCACGGUGUGCAGUGACAGCUGGGGGACUAUGGAGGCCAUGGUAGUGUGCAGACAGCUGGGCUUGGGCUUUGCCAGCAAUGCUUUUCAGGAAACAUGGUACUGGCAAGGAGACUCAUCAGCUGAUGCUGUGGUGAUGAGCGGGGUGAGGUGUUCAGGAACUGAGCUGACUCUGGAGCAGUGCCUGCAUCACGGGAAACAUGUUGUCUGUCCCAAAGGAGGUGGACGCUUUGCUGCUGGGGUCUCUUGUACAAUGACUGCCCCUGACUUGGUCCUGAAUGCUCAGGUUGUGGAGCAGACCACAUAUCUGGAGGACAGACCCAUGUAUGCUCUGCAGUGUGCCCAUGAAGAGCGUUGUCUGUCCGGCAGUGCUGACAAAGCUGACCCUAGCUCCUACCGCCGCCUUCUUCGCUUCUCCUCCCAGAUCCACAACAAUGGCCAGUCAGACUUCAGACCUCGGGCAUCACCUCAGUCGUGGGUCUGGCAUGACUGUCACAGGCAUUACCACAGUAUGGAAGUUUUCACCCACUAUGACUUGAUGAGUCUGAACGGCACUAAAGUGGCAGAGGGCCACAAGGCCAGCUUCUGUCUUGAAGACACCUAUUGUGAUGAGGGAAUUCAAAAGAGGUACGAGUGUGCAAAUUUCGGCGCACAGGGCAUCACUGUUGGCUGCUGGGAUACCUACAGGCAUGACAUUGACUGUCAGUGGAUCGACAUCACAGACGUGAAGCCCGGCGACUACAUCUUGCAGGUUGUAAUUAACCCAAACUAUGAGGUCGCGGAAUCAGAUUACACUAACAACAUAAUGAAGUGCCGCUCCCGAUACGAUGGGCAUCGGAUGUGGACAUAUAACUGUCAUACAGGUGGCACACUGAGUUCAGAAACAGAGGAAACGUUUCCUGGAUUGCUUACCAACCAGCUUUCUCACAGGUAGACCUGAGAAGGACAGGUCAGCAUUGGUGGAUGGGGGGUGCAGACUAAUAUUUGACAACCACUAGAGGGGGGCCUGGGCGGAUGCGCUUCCUUGGAGCAGUGCUGGAUUGUUGUUGAGCUCUGGGCUCAUCUGGUACAAUAAACAAUGACUCAAUGGGAAAAUGAAAUGCUUGCUUACUAAACCAUUAACCGCAUUCAGAUGUUCAAAAAGUGUUAGUACAGUGUAGAUUUGAUCUGAUGUUUAUUUACCAGGAGAGAUGCCAUGAGGAUUGUAGCCAGGUAACUCGUUAAAUAACCCAUGCCAACGAGGGCCUCCUGCGUAAAAGUUUCCAGUGUUUGGGAGAACAUUUUAAACCAAAGAAAAAUCACGACAUGAGAGACCACGACUCUUGGACUGAGCUCUGUUUGAACGGGUGAAAAUAGUGUUGUGCUUAAUCUGGUGCUACAGCCUGUACUGUUGCCUCGCAGCUGAACCGAGAGACAUUUGCCUCAACAGUAAAUAGUUAAAGGAAUUACUGACUCAAAACUGUGAGCAGUUUUAAUAAUACAUUACAUGACUAUGAUUAUCUCUGCAGAGCAAUGUGCUACAAUCUGUGGAUACAGCAUGUCCGAUAAGUAACUCCUGCUCUCAGAGGGAUUCAUUAUAACAAACUGAAAACAGGAUUCAUUUUAAAAUUUCUGUUCGAGCCUCCGAGCACUUAAUGUACCAACAUCUUGCAAAGAGCUUACUUCUCCCAGGAUUUUGCCUUUCACAUACUUGACACAUACAUUUCUGAAAAUAUUUUUAAUUUAUUCACACCGCACACACAUUUUCAUCUUCUUGUUCUGCACAUCCUCUCCCUUUCUUUAUCGGUGUCUGAGUUGUGUUAAAUUAUUACCAUCAGGGAAUUUGAUUACAUUGUGGAAGUGCUGUAACAACCACACAUGUAUGUGAAAAUGCCUCUUCGUGGUUUUGUACAUUUUUUUUUUUUCUAAAUGUGGCAAUUCAAGUGUGCUUCACGUUACGAGGAUACUUGUUGGUUGCUGUCUGUUUUUAUUUUGUAUGCAUGGAUGAAUGUGGGAAAGCAUUAUGUUUUCAAUAAAAUGAAAUGCUUGACAAGCAAAAAGUGCUUCUGUGUCAUAAAAAUAUUUCCAACAUGUGAGCUGCGGGAACCUAAAACCUAACCUGUCGCUGUUAUUAGCGCGCUCACCUGUAGUGGAUGUUGGCACUCAA